AUGGCUUCCUCCAUUCUUCUUCUUCCUCUCUUCUUCUUUCUCUUUUCUCCGUUUAUUUCCUUCGCCGUCGCUCAGGCCACAGCGAAGACCUUCAUCUUCCGCGUCGAUGGUGGAUCUAUGCCCUCUGUUUUCCCGACGCACUACCACUGGUACAGUUCCGAGUUCACUCAAAGAUCUCAAAUCGUUCAUGUUUACCACACAGUCUUCCAUGGCUUCUCCGCCGUGGUUACUCCCGAAGAAGCAGAUAACCUCCGCAAUCACCCGGCGGUUCUCGCUGUUUUUGAGGAUCGGCGUCGUGAGCUUCACACCACGCGUUCUCCGCAAUUCCUUGGGCUACAGAAUCAAAAGGGGCUCUGGUCCGAUUCAAAUUACGGAUCAGACGUAAUCAUCGGCGUUUUCGAUACCGGGAUUUGGCCGGAGCGGAGGAGUUUCUCAGAUCUCAAUCUAGGUCCGGUUCCCAAGCAUUGGAGAGGCGUUUGCGAGUCCGGAGCCAGAUUCGGGCCGAGGAAUUGUAAUCGGAAAAUCGUCGGCGCCAGAUUCUUCGCUAAAGGACAACAAGCCGCUGUAAUCGGAGGAAUCAACAAAACGGUUGAGUUUCUAUCUCCUCGCGACGCCGACGGACACGGCACUCACACUGCCUCAACCGCCGCAGGCCGUCACGCAUUCAAAGCGAGUAUGUCCGGUUACGCCUCCGGUGUUGCCAAAGGUGUGGCUCCCAAAGCUCGAAUCGCCGCCUACAAAGUCUGCUGGAAAGACUCCGGCUGUCUUGAUUCCGAUAUCCUCGCCGCCUUCGAUGCUGCUGUCGUAGACGGUGUCAACGUCAUUUCCAUAUCCAUCGGUGGUGGAGACGGGAUUACUUCGCCGUACUACCUCGAUCCAAUAGCUAUAGGCUCAUACGGCGCCGCUUCGAAAGGAAUUUUCAUCUCCUCCUCCGCCGGAAACGAAGGACCCAACGGCAUGUCUGUGACGAACCUUGCUCCGUGGGUAACGACUGUCGGUGCAGGAACGAUCGAUCGGGAUUUCCCGGCGGAUGCAGUUCUCGGUGACGGACACCGUCUCAAAGGCGUCUCUCUCUACGCCGGAGUGCCACUUAACGGCCGGAUGUUCCCGGUGGUUUACCCCGGAAAGACGGGAAUGUCAUCUGCUUCUCUCUGUAUGGAGAAUUCACUCGACCCGAAGCAUGUGAAGGGUAAAAUAGUAAUCUGCGACAGAGGAAGCAGUCCUCGAGUAGCGAAAGGACUAGUGGUGAAGAAAGCAGGCGGCGUCGGAAUGAUUCUUGCCAAUGGCGCAUCCAACGGCGAAGGAUUAGUCGGAGAUGCUCACCUUAUUCCCGCCUGCGCCGUUGGAUCAAACGAAGGAGAUAGAAUCAAAGCUUACGCUUCUACACAUCCGAAUCCAAUUGCUUCAAUCGAUUUCAGAGGCACUAUUGUUGGAAUCAAACCGGCCCCGGUUGUUGCUUCGUUCUCCGGUAGAGGACCAAAUGGGUUAAACCCGGAGAUCCUAAAACCCGAUUUGAUUGCUCCCGGAGUUAACAUCAUCGCCGCUUGGACAGACAAUGUGGGGCCUACAGGUUUGCCGUCAGAUCCACGGAAAACGGAAUUCAACAUCCUCUCCGGUACAUCAAUGGCGUGCCCUCACGUCAGUGGAGCGGCGGCGCUGCUCAAAUCCGCUCACCCGGAUUGGAGCCCCGCCGUUAUAAGAUCCGCGAUGAUGACGACGACAAACAUCGUCGACAACUCUAACCGCUCGUUAAGCGACGAAUCAACCGGAAAAUCGGCUACGCCAUACGAUUACGGAUCGGGUCAUCUCAAUUUGGGUCGGGCAAUGGAUCCGGGGCUCGUUUACGACAUCACCAAUGACGAUUACAUCACGUUUCUCUGCUCAAUCGGGUACGGGCCAAAGACAAUUCAAGUCAUCACGAGAACGCCGGUGAGAUGUCCGACAACGAGAAAGCCGUCGCCGGGGAAUCUGAAUUACCCGUCGAUCACUGCGUUAUUCUCUAAUUCGAGAAAAGGAGGGUCUUUGAGCAAGACCAUUAUACGGACGGCGACGAACGUUGGGCAACCGGAGGCGGUUUACCAGGCGAGGAUAGAGUCGCCGAGAGGAGUGACGAUAACGGUGAAGCCUCCGAGACUUGUGUUUACUUCAGCCGUUAAGAGACGGAGUUAUGCGGUAACGGUCACGGUGGAUCCAAGGAACGUGGUGCUGGGAGAAACGGGUGCUGCAUUCGGGUCGGUCACGUGGUUUGAUGGUGGGAAACACGUGGUUCGGAGCCCCGUUGUGAUUACACAAAUGGACCCGUUGUAG